UUUCUACAGUUAGGCCACAGGAGGAGGAUUUUUGCCAGAGCUGUGCAACCAAGACAUUAAACAAAACAUGAAGUUGGCACACACGCACAAAAGAAGAAUCUCAAUCAAGCAACACACUUUUCCCAAUCAAAAAAUAAAUAAAACAAACAAAUAAAUCAAAAGCAGAUGAGAAUCAAGGGCACUGAUUUUAAUCAGUGCCCAAGUUAUGGCUUGGUAAAUAGCCAAGCCAUUACCAUUGGGAGUCAAAGCUCAGUGAGAACAAAUGGAGAAAACAUUUAGAAAUGUUCCCAGAGGAGGAUGGGCUACCAAAAUUACCCUCCAGUAUGGCCGAGUUUAAACUGUUCUGCAAAGACAAUCUCUUCCUGUUGGUGCUGACGGUGAAUGUGAGCGAUCGGCCUGAGGCUUGUUGCUGAUUUCAGAUGAUGUGAUGCAACAGAUCUGAUCAAGAGAACUUCUUGUACAAAUGAGUUGCUGCUUCGCUGCAGGACGUGUGUCCUAUAACUGAGGCCACAUGUGCAUCCGGACAGAUGGAUCGCUGUAAGCACGUGGUUCGCCUUCGUCUGGGCCAAGACCAUUCCAUCCUCAAUCCACAGAAAUGGCACUGUGUGGAGUGCAGCACCACGGAUUCGGUGUGGGCCUGCCUCAAGUGCUCCCACGUUGCCUGUGGACGCUUCAUAGAGGAGCACUUCCUCAAACACUUUCAGGAGUCCCAACACCCAUUGGCCAUGGAGGUGCGUGAGCUGGACGUCUUCUGCUUCGCCUGUGGAGACUAUGUACUGAAUGAUAACGCAGAGGGAGACCUCAAGCUCCUCAGAGGCGCUCUCUCUACCGUCCGGAGCCCAGGGAGGCGGUCACUGCGCUCCUCCGCUGGGGGGGACUGCGCUCCCUGGGUGUUGGAAGGCGGGCCGCAACCUGCCAUGCAGCUGGCUCUGCGCCACCGGAGAAAAGCGCUCCUAGGAAAGAUGCUUCAGACGUGGAUUAGAAAACACCAAGAGGUUCAGAACCAGCGCAAGGAGAAGCUUGAGGAGGCCAGGAGACAAAAGAAGGAGGUGAAAAGGAAACUCCUGGAAGACCUCGGCAACAUUCCUCCAAGAAAGAGUGCCAGGCUUCUGACUCAGGCGCCACGUUCAACCAUGACACUCAUUCCUCGCAAAUUUCGCGACCCCCCAGAACGCCUACCUCCACCUCCCAAGAAGCCUUCACUGCUCGCCCUGCCCCGCAGGGCGCCACAGAUCAGCAGAGCCGCCAAGUUGAGGAGGUACUACUCCACGCACGCGGUAACGCGGAGGAGGCACGCUCCAGGUGUCACUGGUCUACGCAACUUGGGAAACACAUGCUACAUGAACUCAAUAUUGCAAGUGCUGAGCCACCUGCAGAAAUUCAGGGAGUGUUUUCUCACUUUGGACCUGUGUGAGACUGAGGAGCUUCUGGCCAAGACCAACCACUCCCAGGGCAUGAAGGGGGUGACUGGAGCGGUCGUCAACAGUGGCACCACUCCGCCACUUUCGGAGAACCCUCUGGGACGCAUGGAGAAGGCGGGGUGUUGGAAUUUGCCCGUGGGCAAAAAGGAGAGCGUUGCCCCGUCCCCGCAGGCUGCAGAACUGGUCCAGCCCAAAGAGCCUCGCUGCUCGACUCGCCAGCAAAUGUCUCUGUGUCACGAGCUGCAUACACUAUUCAGGGUCAUGUGGUCGGGCCGGUGGACUCUUGUUUCUCCCUUCGCCAUGCUGCACUCCGUGUGGAACCUCAUCCCGGCGUUCCGUGGAUACGACCAGCAAGACGCCCAGGAGUUCCUGUGUGAGCUGCUGGACAAGGUGCAGCAGGAGCUGGACACGGAGGGGUCCAAGCGGCGGAUAGUCAUCCCCAUCACAAAGAGGAAGCUGUCCAAGCAAGUGUUGAAGGUUCUGAACACCAUCUUUCACGGGCAGCUGCUCAGCCAGGUGACGUGUCUGUCCUGUAAGCACAAGUCCAACACAGUGGAGCCGUUCUGGGAUUUAUCGCUGGAGUUUCCAGAGAGAUAUCACAGCAGGAACAAAGGCUCAGGCGCCACUGCUUACCAGCGCAGCUGCUCCCUCAUAGAGAUGCUGUCCAAGUUUACAGAGAUGGAGGCUCUUGAAGGCAACAUCUACGCGUGCAACCACUGCAACAAAAGAAGAAGAAAAUCAUCCCACAAACCUUUAGUUCUGUCAGAAGCACGUAAGCAGCUUCUGAUCUACCGCUUACCUCAGGUUUUACGGCUGCACCUCAAACGUUUCAGAUGGUCGGGCCGGAACCACAGGGAGAAAAUCGGCGUCCAUGUGGCCUUUGACCAGGUUCUGAACAUCAAACCUUACUGCUGCACAGACUCAGGUCACUCUGUCCACAGAGGAGGCUACACCUACGAUCUGUCUGCUGUGGUCAUGCAUCAUGGUAAAGGCUUCGGCUCAGGGCACUACACCGCAUACUGCUACAACACAGAAGGAGGUUUCUGGGUCCACUGUAAUGACUCUGAGAUGAAGGUCUGCAGCGUGGAGGAAGUGUGCAACACUCAGGCCUAUAUUCUCUUCUAUACCCAGAGGUCUGCCUAGGUACCUCUCUCGCUGUGACUUGUACUUAGGGCUGCAUUUGAGGCGAUGGUGUCUGAAGCGUUCCCUGAUGUCACUUUGAAAGGGUUUGCCAAACGAGACGGUAACGAGGGCAAAGGGGAAGCCGGCCGUACGAAUGCAUGUCAGGAACUUAGAAUAUCAUCGGAAACGUAAUUUCUGUCAGUAGUUCAAUUCAAAGGGGAGAAACUCUUGUCGUAUUUAGAUUCAUUACAGAGUUAUAUUCAGUUUAUUUUCAUGAUUUUGAAUUAAAGCUGUUUCGAAACCUAAAGCUAGUUUCUCAAAAAAAUAUAUAUAUUACGUAAGAUCAAUUAAGUCAAGUUUAUUUAUAUGUUAUAUUUUACGCAGUUCAUGAAUGCUUUACACGAUAAAAAACAACAUAAAAAAGAAACUUUACAUUACAUUGGCAAUUUGAAAAUAAAAACAGUUGUAAUCCAGAGCAGAAAUGUAUCUCUUAUUAUGAAACAAAGGCAACACUAAGCAGGUCGAUUUCUAAUCUUGAUUUAAAGAAACUCAGUGUUUCAUCUGUUUUGCAGUUUUCUGGAUGUUUGUUGAAGCUGCUUUGCCAUGUUUGGUUCUGGUUCUGUUGAUGCAGAGCAGAUCAGAACCAGAAGACUGGUACAACAACAACAGAUCUGUAAGGUGUUUUGGUGCUAAGACGUUCAGUGGUUUAUAAACUAGCAGCAUUUUAAAAUCUGAGUACAGGAUUUUAGAUGUGGGGUGAUUUUCUCCAUCUUCCUGGUUUUAGUCAGCAGCAGCUUCCUGGAUCAGCUGAAACCUGUAAACACACUAUUGUAAUAAUCGAUGCAACUGAAGUUGCAUUGAGUGUCUUUUUGUCUUGUUGGGACAUUAAUUUUUUAAUCCUGGAAACAUUCUUCAGGUGAUUUUAAUAAUGGGAAAUUUCUAUGACUGUUUGCUGCAUUUAUCGUAUUUAUCAUUUAUCAUAAUUUCUUACUGUCACAAUAAUUUCUAAUUUACUACCACUACAGUUCAAUGACACAGUUUCAUUGAACUGUUUGUUCAAUGAAAGUAUCAAUGACUGUCAAAUAAAUUUAAAUAUAAUUAAAUGCAGUUUCUGUGCACAGGUUAGCAUCUCUAAUCAGACUUUUUCAUUUCAUGUUUUAAAAGAGUACUUGUAUUUUGCUAUGUCAUGCAGUUGCAGUUUAUACAAUAACCUUAAAAAGAAGUAAUAAAUAGUUUGGUUUGUUACUUUUAUUGUCAUCAUGAUAGUAUCACAAAGUAUAAUGAUAAAACUUUAACUCUAUAUUGCGCGCCCCUGCUGUCUACUGGAUAAUCAUCCAUAAAAUCACGUUUGCGUUCAUUUUUAUCCGUCUUACGUAAUAUUUUAAAGCUCUGAGAAACUAUAUUUUGGGUUUUCAUUAACUGCAAGUUGGAUUCGUCACAUUAACAGGAAUAAACACGUGGAGUAUAUCACUCCAUGUAAUGUAUCUGUACGGUGGGAGUUUUGUAUUGAACUACUGACUAAAUUCGACCUUCCAAGGUUCUAAUUUGUUGAGAUGCGUCUGUGGUUGGAGAUGAAACCGAUGGAGGUGGUGGGUAACUUUUGCCAUGUCUAAUAGAAGGCAAACUUUAUUAAUGUUUAGAAGGCAGGAUAAUGUCUGUUAGACGGAGAAACCUUUUCAUAAAUGAGGCUGCAGGUUUUUCGGCCUGCAGGUCGAACUUUUUACUUCAUGGCCUGAAGACUGUGGGAGCAGGUCCUGUCCUGCUGAACACCCAACAUGUGUGUCCAUGUUUUCACACCACAUUGAGGCUGGAAACGUCCAGUCGCUCCACUGAGACAGCAUUUUACAUUCACGGGCAACACGGACUCUGGAGUUCGAAACGCUUCUUUUGUUUUCACAUUUUAGUGUCACGUUUGAUCUCUCAGCACUAAAUAUGUGAUCGGUCCAAACUCCGUGCUGCCUCCUGUUCAACUUUUUUAAUUAUUGUGUAAUAUCAAAUAUGAAGCUUUUAAUACUCACCGUGUGUCAUUUGUAUUUUUAUUUUUUUUUUAUUUUUCCUCUCCUCCAAUGUACGCUGUGACUGGAUACUGUGUCUUAGGCUCAAGACUCUCAGAGAACAUGAAUAGUUUUUUUUUUUUUUUUGGUCCUUCUGUUUUAACUCCAUGAAAAGAGGCGAAUAAACUGAGUUUCCAACGAAUGAUGAUGAAUGAAGGGAAGCUGCAAUUCUCUGGAGGAGCUGCUGGUCCUACUGUACGUUUGGCUCGUUUAUUCCUUUAAGAAGCAGCUCCUCCUGCGGUUUAACGGUUUGACCGCUGCACCUCUGUCUAACCUGCUGGCAGAUGAGAAACAAAUAAUAAUAAUAAGAAAAAAAAAUGGCAGAGGAAGGUGAAUCUGAAGAAUGUGUUUCUUGGGGAGGUAUACCCGUUUUAAAGUCGUGCACCUGAAAGCAAUAUAUUGUACAUCGUUCAUCUUAACAAGAAGUUGAAAUAAAAUCAGGAAUUCCUCUGCUUGUUAUCCAAGGUUUUGUUCUUUGUGUUUGUUUUGUUUUUUUCUACUCUGCUGUUUCUAUCGAGGUCUUUAGAAUUUGCUAGGUAAUCAAGAAAACUCUUGUGUUUGAUACGAGUCAAAUGCAAAACACAUUUGUGAACUCUGUGAAAGUUGGAACAAUCUAAAUGACGAUGAAUGUCUUACUUGAUAGCGGUCAGUUGUGGCCAUGCCACUGGCUCUGAUCUCCUUGAGUUCUGUCUUGUACUGUAAGAAUACCUGUCAUAAAUGUAUUGUUCGUAAGGGUUUUGCCUGACAGUAAUUAUUAAAAAGACAACAAACACA